AUGGUUUGGGGUAACUGUGGCAAAACCUUAAAAGGGAUGUUACAGAGACUCCAAAACCGAGCGGCAAGGGUUAUUUCAGGCGACUCAUAUGAAGUACGCUUCCUUGACAUUUUGAGUAAACUGAACUGGAAAACGUUAGAAGAAAGGCGAAAUGAGCAGCAAUUAAAAUGUGUAUCUAAGGCUCUUACAUGCCAAUGCCCUGAAAACAUUUCGAACAUGUUUACAAUGUCCAAUUCUGAACGAUACGACUUAAGAAGCAACAAUAGUAAGCUUGUACUAGCGAAACCAAAAACUAAUUCUUUGAAAAGAACAUUCAGAUAUGCUGCUGCUAAAGUCUGGAACCAAAGUGUCAGUUAA